AUGGUCUUCGCCGUCCUGGCCGGGGCAUCGGCAGUUCUGAGCCGCGCCGUCGACUCCGUCAAGGCGCUGAAUUGGUUGCAUGGUGGGCGCCAGCCUCCAAGCUUUUCGAGUCCGGCCCUGUCGCAGGCUACGGCUCUCCAGCACCUUCUGGACUUUCAUCGGACUGACGUCCCGGAGAUCGUUAAUGCCGAGGCAGCCCGCGUGGAGUUGCUCGGCGCAGGUCAGGACUACGCUGAUGGCCCUGAGCUUCCCAUCGCGAGUUACGACAAGGACCUGCUCUCCAUGCCCCAGCUUGGGGCGGAGCCCGUCGACGUGUCCACGGUGCUGGAGGGCAGGGCCCGAGAAUGUCUCGUUAACUUCGAAGAGGAGAUCUUGCACGGUCCCGACGAUUGGGGCCAUAUUACUGAGUGCGAGGAGCAUGUCAAGCCGUACAUGGAUCCAGUGCUUAAGACCGACGCUGACGCUUACUUCGGCUUCGUGAUGAGGGGUCACAGGUCUGGUUUGUUUCGCUUCGGCCGCACGUCCCAUGUCAUCGUCACACCCUUCUUUGCGAAGAAGAAGUCUGGCACUUUGAGAUUGAUACUUGACUGCCGCCCGAGUAAUCGCAGGAUGCGGGAGAGCCCCUACGUUCGGCUGGGAGGGCCGGCUGAUGUGGCUCGGCUGCUGCACUCGCGCGGUGACGGGGACCCGUGCGUGGCCCUCGGCGACGUCUGCGACUUCUUCAGGCUGGUAUUCACAAUGUCGAAGGCGUUCCCGUUCUUCCAGGUCCCGAAGGAGAACCUAGUGGGCCCCACCUGGACCAAGGUCGUUCGGAGUUUUUGGAACGACGAGGAGCCGAUAUUCUGUCUGGAGGCCCGCGCGGGUCUGCUGGCGGUGCGUCAUAAGUUACGGGCGGUCUCAAGUUUUGGUAAGACUCAUCUGCACCUCGGGGACUCCAUGACCGCCAUCCUGGCUUUCGAGAAGGGUAGGGCCAAACAUCGAGGUCUUCUGGGUGCCUGCCGUCGCCUUUUGGCUCUGAGCGUGGCCUCCAACACCAGGCACCACUUCAGGUGGGUGCCGUCAGAGCUGAACCCGAGUGACCCUGAUUCACGCUACUUCGAGCUUCCAGUUGACAGCGAUGGCCGACGCUUGCUUCGUCGCUCCACGUCUCGGGCCUGGACGGUGCAGGCGGACCCGCUGGACACGGUGCUGGCCGAGAAGACACGUCGGUCGGCUCGACGCCUGGUGCUCAAGCGUCAGAGGGCGUUGAAGCGCGCCCGUGCCAUCGGGGGCGUGAUUCCAGCCCUGAAGGCUCUGAGGGGCGAGCGCGCAGUGCUGGAGAGCUCUCACCCGUCGACUCCCGUCAGGAGGGGCUACUGUCGGCGGCUCGACAAGUUCUGGGAGUUCGGGCGAAGCCAAGGUCUCUCCUUGGCCAACCUGAAAGUCUGCGACGACGCGCUGUGCGACUUUGCCGAACUGCUGUUCCUGGACGGCGAGCAGGUCGACGCGGGGACCAAGCUCCUGGCCGCUCUGGAGGACCACGACGUGCAGCGGUUCGGCAAGCCCGGCCUUCCUCGGUUUCGGCGAGUUCUUCGAGCUUGGAAUCGGAAGGGGCCUGUGGGCAGCAGGGACCCUCUACCGUUCCGCCUCUUGGCGGGCAUCCUGGGCGUCCUGUCGCUCCACGGUUUUCACGAGGAGGUGCUGGCGCUGGCCCUCAUGUUCUGCUGCUACCUGCGCCCGUCCGAGCUGCUGACGGUGGUCGAAGGCGACCUCCUCGAGCCGGUGGCCAACGCGGGCGUGGCCCUCGCGUGCUGGAGUCUGCUCCUGCGGCCGUUCGAGAGGGAGGAGCCGACCAAGGUCGGCCAGUUCGACGACACGCUCCCGCUCGACAGCCCCGACUUCCCCGGCUUGGGGGCCCUCCUUGCUGGCUUGCGCGGAGGGGGCGCGGAGGUCUGGCUCUUCAGUUUCAGCCAGACGCAGCUGCUGCGCCGCUUUCAGGCGGCUUGCCGCGCGGCGGGCCUGGGCUCGCUGAACCUCGAGAUGCACCAGCUGCGCCGCGGAGGGGCGUCGAGGGACUUCCUGAUGAAGACGAGGGAGAUCCAGGCGGUCAAGCAGCGGGGGCGCUGGGCGAACGAUCGCACCUUGCUCCGCUACAUGAAGGCGGGCAGGGUGCAAAGGCUUCACAAGGCCCUGACGCCCGAGGCCAGCCGCUGGUGCCAGGAGGCGCAGGCCAACCUCUCGAGCCUGCCGCGGUCUCUCGGCGGCGGGUUUGUGAUCGAGGUCUUCUCGGGCAGCGGGAGGCUGGCCAAAUCCUUCGCGGAGCUGGGCAUCCCGGCGCUGACCUGGGACAUCGAGCACGGCCCCGCUGGCGACCUGCUGGACGACGACGUCCUGCGCUGCGUGCUGUCGUACAUCGCCUCUGUUCGGGCGGUGCCCUGCCUGCAGUCCUGUGAUGCGGCGCAGCGUCGAUGGACACGUUGGCUCGCGCUGCGCGUCACCCUGCCCUGCAGCUUUCACAGUACCAUGGGCAUGUUUCUGAUGCUGCUUUUUGUGCACUUCAAGCUGUUCGUUGCAGUGGCGAGACACGUAUCCGCUGAAGGGGUGUCGCGGGAUUUCGCGUCUGGGAUGGCAUCCAGCGGUGACUACACAGACGGGGCGAGGCAGCGUCUUGGGGCCGCCGUGAGCGGGGAGGGCCGUGAGAAGGUGAUGUGGAAGGCCACAUUCAUCGAGGUGGGCGACGACCUACGCCAGGGCUCGCUGAGUCCUCGCCCAUGCAGCGAGCCAUGCUUCGAGUCAAGCUCCUACCGCAGCGCGUUCUUCGACGCCGACCGCAUGCACGCUGCUGCCCUGUCGAAGCACAUGGAAGAGGCCUGGGCCUCUAACAGCCGGGAGACGAUGAGGAAGCUCCUAUCCGCUGACCCGAGUAUCGAUUUUUCGGGCGAGGCCCAUGACAAAGAAGAAUGUUAUCGAUAUGUCCAGAUCGACGGCAAAACGUGCAGCGGUUCGAUUGCGAGCGACUUGGGCAGUCUUUCAGAUAUGAACAGUUCAGACCUGGCUUCUGCUCUCGAAGCCAGUCCAACGGAGCAGCCACACUGUGGCUUCGCCACGGCCCCCGCGAUGGACCGUCUUCGGGGCGCGAUGAGCAGGAAGGGCCGCGAGAAAGUGAUGUGGAAGGCCACAUUCAUUGAGGUGGACGACGACCAACGCCAGGGCUCGCUGAGUCCUCGCCCCUCCAGCGAGCCCUGCACCGGGUCAAGCUCCUGCCACAGCGCGUUCUUCGACGCCGACCGAAUGCAUGUUGCUGCCUUGUCGAAGCACAUGGAAGAGGCCUGGGCCUCGAACAGCCUGGAGACGAUGAGGAAGAGCAUUGAAGAGCGGCGCUUGUCGGCAGCAGCGAAUGUCACCAGCAGCCUAGCGGAGCAGCUGAGCUUGCCAGAGGACGCGGGGUUCAGCCGCUGGGCACUGAAAGACGCCACAUGUCAGGUCGUGGAAACGUUGCCAGAAAUGUACUCCGAGACAAUGCGGGCCUUGAGGAGCACGAUUCACGAGAACAUGAAACAGUCGGUCGCCCACGUGGAUGACCAUAACGAAGUGCCAGUCACGAACCACUUGGUCGCCGACAUGCUUCUGCAGGCGAAGACGGGUACCUUGCCGCACAUGGACGGCGCGUCCGUGUACCAGUCCAGUCAUUGUGUGGCCGGCAUUAUGGAAUGCGUGAAAGACGACGGUUUCGACAGCGCGUUUGUAAACCUCCGCGACCAGUGGCCGACCAGUCUUGCCGCCAGCGCCGGGGGCGCCAACUACAAUCCUGGGAGCCGGGGCCAUCCCGAGAUGUGUGUCCGGCCGUGCCUGUACUUCUUGCGGGGCCAGUGCACGAAUGGCGACGGGUGCAGAUUCUGCCAUUGCCCGCACCCGACUCGGCCUGUUCACCUCGGGAGGUCGCACAGGAAAACCUUGGCGGCGGCGACAACGUCUGAGUGCUUCGACAUCAUGCUGCCCAUCCUCGAGAGGAAGAUGAUCACGCUAGGCUUACCCACAGGCACGCUCCAGUUGCUUGCUGGCCAGCAUUGCGUCGACUCUGGCAGCCGAGUCAAGCCUCGUGGACUGCGGACUCUAGAGAAGGUUUUUGCGGUCCUGUCCAUGCGGAUGUUGUUGGUGGUGCUGGAAAGGAAGGUGGGGGCGCAGAAUUCGCGCGACAAGACCUUGCUCGACGCGCUGAUCGUGGAAGUCCGCGAGGCGGGAUUCCUCGUCGACAUCGGGGAAGACAAGGUCCAGGAGGACGAUUGA